CAGGCUCAGCUGCAGCUGGCAAACUCUGUGCAAACAAGGUCUUUGGUGCAAACUCACAAUUAUUUAUUAUUUAUUAUAAAUAAUUUACCAAACAAUAUUAUAAUAGAUACAUUGUACCUACCACUCAGAAAGCAGAAUGUGCAAUUCCUAAAAAAUAUUACCUCUUUAUGUAAUAAUAAAAACACAAUUUAAAUAGUUAUGUACAUAAAUUGUGUUCAUUUGAGGAUUAAUUUUCUAGGUGCAUCAAGAAACUUCAGCAAGGUUAAAAUAUUACGCCCAAAAAGAGUAAAAACAAGAAUAGAUAUGGAAACUAAGUGUCGCGAAGACCCUGUUGUCCUUAAACUGGAUACACCAGAGUUCAAAAAUAUUUUCACACAAGAAGUGUUGGAUCUGAAGACACUAUUUGAAAAAUAUAAUUAUGAAAUCAGAAUAGCGGGUGGUGCUGUAAGAGAUUUAUUACUAGGCCAGCAAGCAAAAGAUCUAGACUUUGCUACUGUAGCCACCCCAGAGCAGAUGAAGGAAAUGUUCAAUGCAGAAAAUAUCCGCAUGAUAAACAUGAGUGGAGAGAAACAUGGUACAAUCACUCCCAGGAUUAAUGACAAGGAGAACUUUGAGAUCACCACUUUGAGGAUAGAUAUGGUCACUGAUGGCAGACAUGCUGAAGUUGAAUUCACUAAAGAUUGGAAGCUAGAUGCUAACAGAAGAGAUCUCACAAUAAAUUCAAUGUUUCUAGGAUUUGAUGGUACUGUUUAUGAUUAUUUCUAUGGUUACGAUGACUUACAAAAAAGAAGAAUUGUAUUUGUUGGGGACCCUGACGUGCGGAUUAAGGAAGAUUAUUUAAGAAUAAUGCGUUACUUCCGUUUUUAUGGAAGAAUUGCUGAGCAAGCUAACAAUCAUGAUCAACAUACUUUAAAAAUUAUCAAGUCAAACGUUGAAGGUUUGCAGAAUGUGUCUGGGGAGAGGAUAUGGAUGGAACUGAAAAAAACUCUUCAGGGAAACUAUGUUGGUGAUUUGUUAAAAACAAUGUUAAAUGUUGGCAUUGGACCAUACAUUGGUAUUCCAAAUCCCAAUGUGCAAGAACUAGAUAUGCUGCUAAAUAGGAGUCAACACUUAGAAUUACAUCCUAUGAGUUACUUAGCAGCUCUACUUAGAAAUAUAGAUGAUGUAACUUUACUACAUGCCAGACUGAAGUUCUCUAGCUAUGAACGGGAUAUGGCAUACUUCAUAGUGGAACAUAGGGAUGAAAAAGAGGGCACCAGGCCUUUGCUACCAUAUGAAAAAUUAGUGUUAAACACUAAAAUUAAACAAAAAGAUGCAGUUGAUUAUGUUCGUGAAGUACUCAAAUAUAGAGGCGCUGAAAAACUACUAGAACAAUUUAACAAUUGGGAUAUACCAAGAUUUCCAAUCAGUGGUAAAAUAUUAAAGGACAAUGGAGUUCCUCCUGGCAAGAUGUAUGGGCCAAUAAUAAAGGAAUUAAAAGAUAUUUGGAUAGAGAACCAAUACAAACAAACCACUGAAGAUUUAGUCAAAUUGUUACCAAGUAUUAUAGAUGACCAUAAAAGACAAUAAAUAGAUAAAAUUAACAUUCA